GUGGCACCGGUAUCAUGAGACAUCUCUUUGAGCAGUUCGUUACCGCAGGGGAAGACUGGCAACAGACUGCCAUCAUGAUGAAUAUCCGGCACGGCGAAGGCAUUGCGCAGAACAUCAUGGAUGAAAAGUGCAAGCUAGACCCGAAUUGGUCGGGAAAGUGGGUCCAGAAACACCCGGACCAGCCGGAGAAUAAGGACAGCGAAAGCGAGACCGAGUUUGACAUGACAGCAGAGGUGGGGAUAAGCGGCGAUUGGCCCUUGGAGCAUCCAGCAGCAGCGGGAGCGGCGGCGGACAUCCUGGGCCAGCAGGUGGUGACCCUCCAAGACGAAUUCGCAGAUGCCCUGGUGGCGGAUUCAGUCAAGGAGGUCGCCAUUAUGAAGGGGGCCUACGCAGCCCUGAAGGAAGCCGUUGCUACAGGUGCUUCAGAUGAGAAGAAGCUGGGCCUUUGUGCAGACUUGACCCAAGCAGUGCAGAACUUUGAUGCCAAGAUGAAGACG